UMUMUMUAUAUAUACUAGACAUAUACAUAGAAUUGUUCUGUCAAAGCGGAAGGGAUAUGUUGCUGACCAGGUCUUAAGCAUCAGCUGCGCUUCUGGGGGGUUUUGGCGGGAAGGAGCCUCCUUUGCAGCAGCAGCAGCAACACCUUCAUCUGACCUGAGCAAAAAUGACUGUCAAAGCAACAAGAAUGUCGUGCAUCGCUCCAAGUGUUUAUACUAAAGUGCCUGAUGGAGGAUGGGGCUGGGUUGUGGCUUUUGCUUUCUUCUUUGUGGAGGCCCUGACGUACGGAAUCAUCAAGUCUUUCGGAGUCUUCUUUACGGACUUAAUGGAAAGUUUUGACGAAAGCAACAGCAGGAUAUCAUGGAUAAUCUCAAUAUGUGUGUUCGUACUAACAUUUACAGCUCCGCUCUCUACAAUACUAUCUAAUCGUUUUGGUCAUCGUUUGGUGGUGAUGAUUGGAGGGUUGCUAAUCAGCACUGGGAUGGUUGUGGGCUCCUUUGCACGCACCGUUACUGAAAUGUACAUCUCCAUUGGCAUAGUCUCAGGACUAGGAUACUGCCUUACCUUUCUCCCAACUGUCACCAUCCUGUCACAGUACUUUGAGAAAAAGCGCUCACUAGUUACAGCAGUGGCUUCCACAGGAGAAUGCUUUGCCGUCUUCUCCUUUGCACCAGCUAUCACUGCUUUGAAGGAACACAUUGGUUGGAGACACAGCCUCUUGUUUGUUGGUCUACUGCAGCUUGGGAUCGUGGCUUGUGGGGCGCUGCUACGGCCCAUCAUAAUCAAAGCCCAGGAAGUAGUGAAAGUCUCCCCUGCGGAAGAGCAAAGAGAGACAAAGUACAUGCUUGAAAACGAACAGACCCGCACCUCUAUAGAUUCUAUUGACUCAGGAGUAGAAGUAACUACCUCACCUCGCAACAUGUCUGAAGAUGCCAAAUUGAAACUGAAAAGUGAAGACGAACCAAAGGAAAACACUGAGAUGCUUACAGAAUCUAGUAGCAUUCCAACCAAGGAACCAAAAAUCCAACUGCUAGACUUCUCCAUAUUGAAAGACUAUGGCUUUAUUUGUUAUGCACUUUUUGGUUUAUUUGCAACUCUGGGAUUCUUUGCCCCUUCCCUAUACAUCAUUCCUCUCAGCAUAAGCCUUGGCAUCAACAAGGACUCCGCGGCAUACAUCCUGUCAGCGAUGGCGAUUGCUGAGGUCUUUGGCAGAAUCAGUGCUGGCUGGGUCCUCAACAAAAAACCCAUCCGGAAAAUAUACAUUGAACUAAUCUCUGUCAUUCUGCUGGACGUCGCCCUCUUUGCCUUCCCUCUAGCUUAUGAAUUUUGGGGACUCAUGAUGUGUAGCAUUUUCUUUGGUUUUAUGCUUGGGACUGUAGCAGGCACGCACAUUCCUAUGCUGGCAGAAGAUGACGUGGUUGGCAUUGAGCGGAUGUCGUCUGCCGCAGGAGUUUACGUAUUUAUUCAAAGUUUAUCAGGGUUGGCUGGACCACCCCUUGCAGGUAUGCUAGUGGAUACUACGAAGAAUUACAGCUCUGCAUUCUAUUCCUGUGCUGCUGGCAUGCUGCUGGCUGCGGUGUUUCUUUCUUUGGUGACACCUUGCAAGAAGUGUCAAAGUAAGAAGCAACCAAUGCAAGAGAAAGAGACAAAGACUUUGCAGGAAGUACCAGAUGAUUUUAUAGAACCCGAUCUUGGGAAAAAUGAGGAGUCUGUAAGAGGUUGUGAGAGUAUGGCUUGAAUUUUCAAAAUAUAUAUAGUUCAAGAUUUUGGCAAAAGUAAGUCAGCUCCAGUCCACCUUCUAAAAACCACAUUUUUAAAGGGAAUGCAAAAGCAAAAAAAUAAUGUGAACAGUGUUCAGAUUUUUUUUUUUUUUUGUAAACAUGGAAUGUUAAAAUUUGUUCGCACGCUCCUACACAGCAUGACAUUGCGGUUCAAAUUCUCAUAUUCCCAAGGAGUCACAGGCCACAUCUAAAAUUACCAAUUCAAAAACCAUGGGGACGAAAUAAUGACGGUGAAAGAAAAUAUAAUGUGGGUCAUUGUUUAUUAUCUGCUAAUCUCUCAUACCAAGAAGCGCUAAAAUGUUAAUUAGCAAGAAAAGAAUGGUGGCACAAGAGAGUUGAUUUGGUAAAACAUUCUGAACUUCAGUAUUUUUUAGUUUUUAUAUCAAAGCAAAAGGAUUUUUGUAGUUAGUAUUUUCAGGGGAAGGGGGAUUGGGUUAGAUAGUAUACUGAGAACAGGGUUGGUGAAUCUGUAACUCUUCAGAUGUUGGUUUCCCUCUUCCCUUAGCAAAUGGCUAAGGAUGGGUGAGAGAUGGAGCCCAACAACAUCUGGAAAGCCACAGGGUCUGUGUGUACCUUAACCUAGAGCAGUGGUUCUCAACCUGGGGUCCCCAAAUGUUUUUGGCCUUCAACUCCCAGAAAUCCCAACAGCUGGUAAACUGGCUGGGAUUUCUGGGAGUUGUAGGCCAAAAACAUCUGGGGACCCCAGGUUGAGAACCACUGACCUAGAGGAUUAACAGAGGACUUUGGUUUU